AUGUCCUUCCUCACCACACCUCCAACAACUUCGAGAAAGUUAAGCUUGAACAAUGUGGAGGACACUUCUUCGUUGCUGCUGCUGCAGUUGAAUGGAAGCCUUACUCCUCACUCUGCUUCCUCACCCUUAUCGAGUGCAUCAUCUUCACCAUCUUCAUCAACCACAAGCUCCAGAAGGCAGUCUACAACAAGUGAGGCUGGAAUGCUGUUGGUACCACCAACGGUUGGGUCUUUGACUCGUUCACGAAGUGCUGGUAAGCUAGAGGAAGGAAGUACUUCACCUCAAACUGCUCGAAAACCUCCACUGUUGAAGGCAGAUUCGUUCCGGUUCCCCACAAGUAUGGAUGGGAAAAAGGAACAAGAAAAGUCUCUGGUACGGGAGUAUCAAAAAGCUUUGCUUCCCUCAACAAAAAUCUAUCUUACAAGCGCAGAGAAUGACAUGUACAGCAUUUCAAGCUCUCUUCAUGCAGAAACAGUGUAUGAGCCUCAGGUCGAACAUUUGGGUGCUCCUAUUCUUUUCACAGCGUGUCAUGGUCAUCAAGUGUAUCGAGGCGGAAAACUCUCGGAUGACGAAAAAGUGCAUCUGAAAGAAAGUUUGACAAGUGAGAUUGCUCUGUUGCUGGCAGCCAAAGUUCGAAACAUGCUCCACUCGUUGGAAGGUUCGUUUGUUGUGUGGAAUAUGAAGACCAUUCAAGAAGAAGACAUUUCGCACAUGGACCCCAAUUACUUGUUACCUCAUCAAUACUGCGAAUCUCCUUUUCAUUUGUUUUUGCACAAGUUUAAAAACUUGUACAAGGGUAUUCCAAUGUUGCAUGUAGACAUUCAUGGAAAGGUCAAUCGCAGAGAUAAUCGUAACAUUGAUGUUGGAUUUGCUCCCAUGAUGGAAUACUGGAGCAAUUCCAUUCAUGCCAAAUUGCUUAAGGAUGAUUUUUGUAAACGCUUAACAAACGCUGUGGCGUUGUGCACUCGAUCGAUUAAUGGUUUUAAAAUUGGCAUUGAAAAAGAGCCUCAACAAAAUGGAUGGAGAGGAGAGAAUGCGCCUCAAACUCUGAGCCAUCAGAGUGUUCUUCUCGGUAUACCUGCAGUGCAACUUGAAAUACCGUAUGAUGUGAGAAAGGAACUCGUCGAAAAUGAAGCCUUUUUGGAAGAGAUUGCAAAAGCAAUUACUGAAUGUUACAAAAUCACGGUUUGCAAAAUGUAUGACAUGAAUUGGCAGCAAUGUCAUCAACAAAUUGUUAAUGUGAAUACAGAAAAUGAUAAGAAAACACUCCGAUUGACUUCAACCAAACACCAUCAUGACCACGUGGAUGACAUGUUUUUCCAAAUGUUGACCGAGUUUGCUGAAAUGGAGAAGAAACAAGCUUCCAUAAAACAAAUCUAA